UUAGAGAUAGUAACCUAGUAAGAAAAACUCAGAAAAAAUUUUCUAAAGAAAGAUGAAGACUAAUCUGCUUUUGCUUGUGUUUGCCACUGUAACACUGUGUGUGUAUGGACAGCCAGCUCCCCCUGUAAUCUCUGAAAGUUUCACCACUCAUUUCAGAGCAGAGACAAAGAAGUCAAAAACUGUUGAGAGCAUCUAUUAUGUUGGUGAGGUAUACAGUGAUUUUGCUGAGAAAAAAUAUAAGGGACUUGUGACAACAGUACAACAGGAUAAGCUAAAAAAACAUGAUUGGACUUUGGACUUGUACAAAACCAAAGAGACCUACUCCUUUGAAUGGGAAGGUGAGGAUCCAACUCCUACAGGACCAUGCAGGAAACAAACCAACUCUGGUGUAAUGGAAGCAGUGUGGGCCUGGACAAGAACCACAAAAUAUAAUGAGACUAUAACAUAUGAUAAUCAUCACAUUGACAUCUUCACAACUUUUGAUAAUGAGACUGAGAUUGCUAUUGGUGUAGAUCGGGAAAAGAAGAACAUACCAUACUUUACUUCGCAGCGUCUUGGAGAUUUCUACGUCAUUUAUUAUUAUCAUGAGUUUGAUCCUACUGCUCCUCCGGCCCAUACAUUCACUGUCCCUGGUGAAUGUGAUAGGAAAGCACCAAAGACUCCUUUUAUUAAGCAUUAACAAUGGACUAGCUGUUAUAUGCAUAGUUGCUGUAUGCUGUGCUAAAUUUUUUUUGCAAUAUGAGCCCCACCCUCAUAAUCAUAUAAAACCACACCCAAAUAGCCAGCAAAGCUAAAGACGAGGCUAAAGCCUAAACAUGAAGACUAACCUGCUUUUGCUUGUGUUUGCCACUAUAGCACUCUGUGUGUAUGGAUACCCUGCUUCUCCAGCUCCCCCUGUAAUCUCUGAAACUUUCUCUACUCGGUACAGAACAGUGUGUACAAAGUCGGGAGAGUUCUUUAAUAAUGAAAUUGGUGAAAUCCACAGUGACAUUGCUGCAAAGAAAUAUCUUGAAAAGGUUGCAUCAGAUCAAGUACACAUGCCACCAAAAUACCUUUGGUUGUUACAGCUGUACAAUAUCAAUCAAACCUAUAUCAUUCAAUGGCAAGGUCUGGAUCCUAAACCUAAUGCCCCAUGCAAUAAUGAGUCUAGCAAUGGCGUGAUGAACCCAGUGUGGGCCUGGACAAGGAAUACAACUUAUAACAAUACCAUGAAGGAGGACAAUCAUCUCAUUGAUGUCUUCACUACUAUUAAUGAUCAAGGUACUGAAUUUGCUAUUGGUGUAGCUCAGGACAAGCCGAACAUUCCAUACUUUAAGUCACAGCGUAUAUCUGUUUUCAAUUGUGUUUUUUAUUAUUAUAGUUUUGACCCUACUCCUCCUCCAGCCAGUGUAUUCACUGUCUUUAGUGAAUGUAGUUAAGAACAUUUUAUGGUUGCUUUUUUGUUGUGAGCCCCUCUAUCAUUUAAUUUUCUUAAUUCAAUUUUUAUCCAAAAUUA